AUGUCCGGCGUCGCCCUCUCCCCCGCCCCCGUCUCGGUCCCCGUCCUCCUCGCGACCGCCCUCGGCACCGCCCUCUGCUCCUCGUCCGCCAACGCCUUCAACCAGCUCCAAGAAAUUCCCUUCGACGCCCAGAUGGCCCGCACCCGCUCCCGCCCGCUCAUCCGCCGCGCGCUCAGCCCCCUGCACGUUGCCGCCUUCGCCAGCCUCACGGGCGCAGCGGGCCCCGCGCUGCUCUGGGCCGUCGUGAACCCGACCACCGCCGUGCUGGGCGCGGCGAACAUCGCGCUGUACGCGGGCGCAUACACCUACAUGAAGCGCCGCACCAUCUGGAACACCUGGGUCGGCGCCGUCGUCGGCGCCAUCCCCCCACUCAUGGGCUGGGCCGCGUGCGGCGGCGCCCUGCUGCCGUCCUCCGAGGCGCUGCACACCGUGUCCGCCGCCCUCCUCUCGGGCGGCGCCCCGGGCGACGUCCUCGCGAGCAUAGCGGCGGCCGCGGACGGCCUCGCCCUCGCGCCGCUCGCGCUGGGGCUGUUCCACUUCGCGUGGCAGUUCCCGCACUUCAACUCGCUCUCGUACGUCGUGCGCGGCGCGUACGCGCGCGGCGGGUACUACAUGCUCUCCGUGCUCGAUCCGCGCCGGAACGCGGCGACGGCGCUGCGCCACGCGUUGCUGCUCACCGGCGUGUGCUCCGUGCUCGUCCCGCUGUCGGGGCUCACGACGUGGGCGUUCGCGCUGACGAGCCUCGUGCCGAACGCGGUCUUCGUGCAGGCGUCGUGGAGGUUCUGGAAGCAGGGCGGGGAGCACCACGCGCGGCGGUUGUUUCACCAUAGUCUGUGGUAUCUGCCGGUCGUGAUGGGGCUGAUGAUGGUGCACAAGAAGGGGAUGGACUGGGGGAAAUGGCUCGGGCUUGUCAACGAAGAGGAGGAGGUUGCGGCCUGA